GCUGUCAAUGAAGACGGCGCAUUCACUACCAGCGCAGGGCGCAGAGAUCCAAGCUGCGAAUCAGCAUUCAACUUGACAUCUAAUAAGCCUACAAAUUUACCGAAUCUUAAAAGGCCUCACAGGGAUACUUCAGACCUCCACGAACACUUUCCUAAAAUUACUGCUGGAUCUAGUCCAUAUCCGAAGGGACAUGAUAUUAGCUCUUGUGCGUGCUGUGACCAGCACGCAAUCGAGAGGAAAAGGCCCCAUUUAGCAAUGGGUACUGGAGGCCUUCGAAACUUCAGAGGGCCGCUAGCGGCCUACCAGUCCUCAGCACCUCCAUCCCCCUCACCCUUCGCCCCAAUCUGUCCAGUUCCGAAGCCUCGAAACAUUUCCGGGAUCGAGACCAUGGUGGAUUUCAGUCGGCCAUCUCUUAGAUCCACUGAUACUCAGACCUCACCACAGUCACCGGUAAAACGAUCAUCAAGAAGGCGAUCUCGUCGCAGCUCUGGUGGGCAACUUCUAGGUUCUAUCAAAAAGAAAUUCGAAAAGAUUAGGAGAUCAUUAAGUUCCGAUCGAAAUACAUCUCGACCAAAAGUUAACGGUGUCCAGGAAUUGUCCACUCCGAAUCGACCUGUCUCUGAAUCCAGAAGUAAGUCACCAGAAAUAGCCCUUCUCAGGCGCCAUCGUGAUGGAACCUGUCUGAUCCAACUCCGAAGAAGUUCUCCCUCAGACCCGUUUGGAAUAUUCAUGAACGCGGACUCUAAUGGUAAGACAAACAGUACAUUUGGAACUUAA